UCGAACGCAGGGGGCGUUGCCCACCCGUGCACUCGCUCUCUGAGUGAUGAACGUCAGGUGGGCUGACCGCACACACACAGCACACGCAUUGCCGGGCGCUGGCUGAUCUGGAUCGUUUCUUUCCAUCUCUGUGCUGUGUGUGUGUUCUCUCUGCAGCCCCGAGUACUCAGAGACCACCAUGUGGCUGCAGGCCUGCCAGCAGGCCCUGAUCAAUAGAGAUGGCAAGGCGCUGUCGCAGUGCUUUGACGUCGCCAAGUGCCGAUUUGCGCCUGAUGACGUAAGACCGUGUGUCAAUGAGUGACUGCUCACAUGGGUCUGGCCAUGGGAAGAUACAUGCGUGUGUGUGUAGGCUCUGCUGCCGCACCUGUCAGUGCCCGAGGGCGGCGAGUCGUUCGCCCAGUGCGUGCGGCUGCUCUUUGUGGCCAUGAGGGACAUGCAGCAAAGGUACGCACACACAGAUGCAUGGACAUUCGUGUGCAUCUGUCUGUGUGUGUGUGUGUGUGUGUGUGUGUGUUACAUGCAGCCGGCUGGAGCAAGCUGUGGACAACAUGCUGCAGUCCGUCAUGUGCGUACGUCUCGAGAUGUGUCGGUGUGCUGAUGGACAGGCCGACAGACAGACACGAAUGUCUGCUUGUCUGCAGGAAGUGCUUUGAGUUCUACGAGACGACGCCAUACGACAGGGUGGGUGCGGUGCCAGAUAGGCACACAGUCACACACACAAGAUGUCUUGUGCCGUCCUCUCAUGUCGUGUGUGUGUGUGUGUGUGUGCAGAUGGUGCUGCCCGUGUUGGUUCGUCUCACUGUGAGCGCACUGCGGGUGGCCAAACAGGUAGGUCGACAGAGAGGCAGGCAGGCAGGCAGGCAGACACCAAGACAAUCUACUUAUCUCAUGUGUGUGUGUAUGUGUGUGUGGUCAGGCCGACCUGCAGUACACGAGUGCGCUGUACGAGUACGUGUCGGUCUACAUCAACAGACUGAGGGAGAAGCUAGGUAGGUCUGACCAACACACACACACACGCAUCUCACACAUGUGUCUGCAACCAUCCAUCCAUCCAUGUCUGUGUGUGUGUGUGUGUGUGUGUGUGCAGGUCGGCUGCCGUUCCCCAGCAAGAGAGCCGGCCACCAGCUGCUGUUGGCGCAGAUCAUGAAGAGCACACUCAUGGUACGUCUGCUUGUAUCUGACGUCGAUGCUCAAAGCCGUCUGUCUCUUUGUGCGGUCAGACGAGCACCAGUGCCUCCCAGAUCGUCCGUGCGGAGGAUCAGGCUGGCCGGUAACCCACCAACCACUAGAACACAUACAUGGCGUCCAUCUGUAUGUGUCUGUGCGUGGGCCUGCAGGCUGAGUUCCCGUGAGGGAGUGCCCAAGGGGAUCGCCGUGCAGUGCGCUUACUUCCUGGCCAAAUCCUUUGCCUGGCAGGGCAUGCACACAGACGUAUGCACACACACACAGGGAUGUACCUGCAGCCACAGAAUGGGCCGUCCCUGUCUGUGCGGUGUGUGCAGGCGCUCAAUCAUCUGCUGUAUGCAUGGCGCACCUGCCACAAGGACCACAGGAAGAACCUUCAGUGAGCGCACACGGAGGAAUGCGACGCCAAAGAGCCACAAUCCAGUUCAUUCAUAAGUGUUGUGUGCGUGUAUGCCAUACACAUAGGUCAAUAUUGAUGCUGCUGGUCCCCCUGCAAGCCCGCCAAGGCCUCCUGCCAGCCAGAGGACUGCUCGACAGAUACGGGUGCGUGUGGGUGGCUGUGUGUGGGCAUGAACAGACAUCACACACUUGUGCGUCUGUGUGUGUCCACAUGCAGGCUGCCAUUGCUUGAACAACUCGUCUGUGCCGUCCGCAAGGGGAACAUUCGCUCAUUCGACGCUCUGGUAGGUGGUGGGCGGGUGACAUCGGCCGCCGAUGUGUCAGAUGUGUGUAUUCCGUAUCAUGAUGUGGUCUGGUGCAGUGUGACGAGCUGGAUGCGUCCUGUCUGGGUAGCGGCACAUACCUGCUGAUCAACAACCUGCGGCGACUGAUGCACAAGACACUCUGCCAACGAGUGUACGCCAUCGAUCCACCCAUCCCAGCCACCACUGCCAACCACUGUCCGCGCGUCUCUCUGCGUGUUGAUGGAUUAUGCUGCCAGGUAUAUGUAUCACUUGGGAGAGGUGGCCAAGGCGCCACCCAACACGCUCUCAGCCAAGGUAGGUACCUACACAAACACACCAGAUGUUUUCACACCAUGGAUGGAUGGAUGGAUGUGUGUCUGCCUCGGCAGAUUCUGCCCAUCGGCCUCUUCACUGCCGCCUUCAAGUAGGCACAGCGGAUGCAUCCAUGUGUCCGUUCGCAUGGCGGACGCAUUUCUGCGUGUGUGUGUGCAGGUGGCAGGUGGAGGCGCAGGGAGAGGAGUGGGGCGAUGCCGAGGUGCGUACAAAGCACAUCACUUGCCCAUACGGCAUAUGUCCAUCUAGUCUAUCCCACGCACCCGUGUCCGUCCGUCCGUCCGUGUGUGUGUGUGUGUGUGUGUGUGUGUGCAGACGUGUUCCACUCUACAGUCUCUGAUGUCCGACUCGCUCAUGCGGGGCUACAUUUCUUACGAGAGGGACAAAGUCGUCAUACCAUCGCAGCCAUUCCCUUGACAGGCACAGGCUGGCAGGCAGACAGGCAGGGAGGGAGGGAGGAAGGUGACGACUGUGGUUUGUGGAUAAGUGGCUGUGCCGUUCCAUUCAUCCAGCGACACACGCGUAGAUUCACUUGUUGACUCAUAUCCGCUGGCAAACACAAAAGCAAAUCAUUGCAAAUUACAUGCAC